AUGAACGAUGACAGUCAGUACGACAAUGCUACUAACUGCGGUAAUGCAUACUGGGAGCAUCCAACAGAACAUGGCCAGCCAGACCAACGACCAAGGGCGAUGAAUCGGAGCAAAGAAAGAGUUAUAUGCAGACUCAUGACGCAAGCGAUAUACUUUGCGAACGCGUGGAGCGAAGCAGCACGGAAAAACGCAGAGGAGACCGGAGGGAGGGAUAAGGAGAUAAAGGGAAUAAUGAGAUGCACCAUAGCGGAUAUAUACCAAGAUAUACUCAGGACAUAUGCAUGCGAGGGUUGGUGGGGUACAUAUUAUGCAUGGUACGUCGUGGGAGAGAUAUCGGCAUCAAUCAAGAGAAAUUGGGGCGAGCAGGAUUGUAAGAAGGGGAAGUACAAGACUAUAGAAUUGAACACUUGGCCCAUGAGGAAUCAGAUGAAGACAUGGUUACAAGAGAACCACCAGGUGCAGGAGCAACUUGCACAGGAACAAAUAGGCGAUGACUGUAAGGGAGCACAGGUAAAGCUAGAGGUCGGACCGAGAGAGCAGGAACAGCAAAAGGACAAAGACAACCAAACGAAAGAUGAAGUAAAGAAGAAGGUUACAGGAAUUUUGAACGCACUGGAGAAACAAAUGAGGCAGGAGGAGGAAAAAUUGAGGGCCUCACAUGCGAAGGCUCCCACGUACCCUUCUGGGGAACAGGCAGACGACAAACACGAUGCCGCGAUAGAGAAAGAAAUGGAACAAGCAAUCGACAAAGUGCACGGAAAAUUAGACGCAGUGAUAGCGAAGACUGCCGCUGAACAAGCAGCCGCCGCCAAAGCAGCAGCGACCACACCACCAAAGGAAUCGGCAGGAACGACACCGGCAGAUGCAGGAGGAGGACACCAGAACGGGGAGAAGCCGUCGUCACCGUCACCAUCACCCGGGCGCACAGGCCAAGGCAGUACAGGGGGCACUUCGUCGCAACCAGGCCGGAACACAGAGGUAGGCAGGGCAGAUAAAACAGCGGCAGAGGACGGGGCACCUGCAGGAUCAGCACGGGGAGGACCACCAUCAUCAACAUCACAAGAUCCGGCGACCUCGGCACCAGGAUCAGCAGGGGCGGACACUGACAAUACAGGUAAGUGUACACGUAGCACCGCAGUUCAUGUGGCGCAGAAUGCAGGCCAGGGCAUCCCAGGUGCCUCAUCCAGCACCGCUGUCUCAUUUGCAUCGGGUGCCGGAGCUGAUGAUGACUGUGAGCACAAGUCCAAGGACUCGGGACCAGGUAGUGUCAUGAGUGAACAUCCAACAGGAAAAGAACAAAAAAGAGCGAGAAAAAACAAACACAACAUCUCCAACAUCUCGCAGAGAGCUAGAGACCCCAAACGUCGAAUGAGAAUGGCGGGGCCAUGCGCGCCGGGGCACCCCAGGCGAGCGAGAACUGAGAAAGAUGGCAGUGUACCCCCAGCGAAAUCAUCAGGUGAGCAGGGUUCCCAGGAACCCUCAGGAACUCCAGCAGGAGCAUCAGCACGGCCAGCAACUGGAGAAUCGACACCAGCAGCAACACCAACCACGCCAGCACAGGGAUCAUCAGCAUCAUCAUCAACACCUGUGCCAGACCCACCGACGGACCCCGGAGGAGGACCACCAUCAGGCACACAACCAGGGCAGCAGCCAUCACCUGUGUCGGCAUCUAGGGACACAGCAACAUCAACACCGACAGCUGCAGGUGGAACAAUAACAGCAACAGAAGAUCCACAGGAUCCGAACAAUCCUAAUGAAGCGCAGGUUCCCACUACUGGGCAAUCCAGUUCUUCGCAGGAAACUCCCCCUGCACAGAAAGAUGGUGCACCCGCUGCAGCGGGUCCAGCCGGUGCACCUGCAAACACUGUAGUAACAGUUGUCGCAGAGGAUCCUUUCGGUCUAGGUAAAAUUACAGACUCGUGGCUUCAUGCGGCACAACUCCCAGGAAAUAAAUGUGUCGUUGAUGCUAAUAAAAAAUGUGAUCCUGAAGUAUCAUUGGACGAUCCAUCAGUCUUCGGUAACCCAGGGGGAGGAUUCAUCGGAGGCAUACCACCAUAUACAGACCACAAGAUGGACUCUAAGGACAUCAGAAUCACUGAUCCCAGUCUUGAUGUCCCCGACCUAACGAACGCCGUCCUUACCGCCACUACUCCCGUGCUGUUUUUUCUCACUUCCGUCAUUGUCGCCCUUCUUGGUUAUUCCCUUUGGAAAGUAAGCGCACUCACAUCACAUACGAUGGCACACAACGCAUGCACAACGCACAAAUAUAACCGAGUGGAAAAUGGACCAAUAACCGUUGCCAUUCGCCAUUCCACUGUUCCCAAUAGGAAGGCUAAACAACGUUACUAUUUGUACUACCCGACAACGAAAAAGAAAGAAAAAAAGCAAAAAAAAACUUACUAG